CAUCUACAUAAUAAAGAGGUUGAAGAAAUUUUCUCGCAAUAACAUGUUUCUAACCUAGUUCGAUUAUAAUGUUAUGUAGAUACGAAUGUUUUAAAAAAACAUAAAUUUUUUUAAUGCCAUAAGCAUAAAGGUAUACAUUAUUAGUUACGGUAAAAUAAGAAAUUACAUUAUAAUAGAAAAUUAAUUUAACAUAAUGAUACGACCGCCAGUGGCACUUAGCAUCAAUAUACUGACAGUAAGAAAUUUAAAUGCUUACGAUCAUAUAAUAUCCAAUGGACCCCAUAUUCAAUGUGUAAGGUGGAAGAGAAAACCAAUUUGGUUACCAACAGCAAAAUCAAAGUUGUAUAGAGUACCAAAAAGACCAGUUAUACCUAUAGAAGAAUAUAAUGAACUGAAACGAUUGCAUAAUAAUUACAAAACAUUAAUGAAAUCUGUAAUGUCUUUCUUUAUUGAGAAACAAAAGGAAGCACAAUUAUCUUUGGAUACAAAUAUUGUACACAAAAAUAUGCAGCAAGAUUUUGAAAUAUGUUGUUCUAUAAAUGAUAAAUGGAAUAAAGAAGUGGCUAUGAUACGAGAGGAAAGAUUAGCUCGAGAAAGGAAAGCUCGCCAAGAAGAAAUUGCCAGGAGACUACAAGCAAAGAAUGAAAGAGAUUUGAAAUUACAAAUGAAAGUAGAUGAAGAAAUCAAAAAAGCAAAAGAAGAAGCUCAAACAUUUAUUACAUCUAAAAAUAUUGAUGAAGCUAUCCUCAAUGCACUAGAAAAUAUUACAGACCAUAAUAUGGCAAUUGAUCACAAUGGUAAUUUUUAUAAAGACAAACCUAAAGAAAAUGAAUCAUCUACUGUAUCAAGUUCAUUAAGUUAAAAUAAGUGUUAUGUUGUCAACUCAAUAAAUAAUUUCCCUCAAUAAACAGAAAUGUUUGGUAGCUA